AUGAACACUGAGGAGCAGUAUUACGCCUCGGCGCAGCUCUACAAGGAGUCGUGCGCGUUUCAGAGAGCUCAGGCGCAGGAUUACAACCCCAGCCCCCCCGCCUGCCUCUACAUGGGCCGGCAGCAGCAGACUCCCUACCCCGGCGCCUUAGGGGCGCUGGAGCAAGGCAGCCCGCCAGACAUUUCGCCCUAUGAGGUGCCCCCCAUCACUGAGGAUGCCGGGGUCUCGCACCUGCAUCACCACCAUCACCACCAUCACCACCACCCUCACCUUCCUCCACCCCACCAGGACGCGCUGCCAUUCGCUGACGGGGCGGACACGGGGGCGAUAGAGGAGCCCCGUGUGCAGGUGCCUUUCGCCUGGAUGAAAUCCACCAAAUCUCACGCCUGGAAGGGACAGUGGACCGGUGGGUCCUACGUGGCGGAGCAGGAGGAGAGCAAGCGGACGAGGACGGCGUACACCCGGGCGCAGCUGCUGGAGCUGGAGAAAGAGUUCCUCUUCAACAAGUACAUCUCCCGGCCGCGGCGGGUGGAGCUCGCUGUCAUGUUGAACUUGACCGAGAGACACAUAAAGAUCUGGUUCCAGAACCGGCGGAUGAAGUGGAAGAAGGAAGAGGACAAAAAGCGAGGGGCAGGACACAGCAAUGACCCCGAGCAAGACUGUGUGGUGUCCUCUGCAGAGCUCUCGGGCAAAGAGGAUCUCCAGCCGUGUGCCGCUGGGAACCUGCCCGCCGGGGCCUCCAGGGACCUGCUCCCCUCCAGCCUCACCCCCAGAAGGCAGCAGGACUCUCGGUGA